AUUAUAAUCAGUCAUUCUUUGUUGAUGCAUGUCUUUGGCGAGACGUCCUUGUUUUCUCAGAAGUUUGCAAAAUUCGGGACACUUUUGUUUCCAUUCUGGAUUUAUCAAACCAACAGGACACAGUUAUGGAGCGAAGGGAUAGAGACAGCGCGCAUUCCUCAAACUCGAGUGGAGAUGAGACCGGUAGAAAACGAGACAGAAGUCCCAAGGACAACAAAGAAAUGAUCAUACCAGUCGGCAUUUUACCGCAGGGAAUGCCUGGUCACCACCAACACGGUACUUCGUCGAAUUCGGCAUCGGGUGGUGAACAGUCCAAUGGAUCAGAAAAUCCAGAACGACGACAAAGUCGGCGGAAAAGACCACGGGUGGAGUACAAAGAAAUGGAUGAUAAACUGGCAAAUCUCUCAGAAGAUGAGUAUUUCUCAGAGGAAGAGAAAAUAUCAAAGCAGCCAACGCCAACACCAGUACCAGAACCACCUAAACCUCCUGAAGAGGAAGAAGUUGAGAGUGAACCAGAAGAACCAAUUAGUCAGCUUGGUAUAACAGGUUUAGAUGGAGCUGCUUUCUCUGCUAGAUUGCCAAGUGACAAGAUGACAUCUCAGGAAGCUGCAUGUUUUCCCGACAUUGUUCAGAGCCCACCUCAAACACAGAAACUAUUCCUUUAUAUCAGAAACCGUUUGCUACAACUUUGGUUUGAGAAUCCUAAAGUUCAAGUUACAUUUGAAAACUCACUACCUCAAAUUGAAGCACCAUAUAACAGUGAUGGUCCUUUAGUUAUGCGUAUUCAUGCUUAUCUAGAAAGACAUGGUUACAUUAACUUUGGUGUCUAUAAGAGACUGAAACCACUGCCAGUUAAAAAAAUAGGUAAAGUUUUAAUUCUUGGUGCGGGUAUAUCAGGUCUUGCCGCAGCUAGACAGUUACAAGCUUUUGGGAUGGAUGUGACAGUGUUAGAAGCACGGGACCGCGUUGGUGGCAGAGUGGCUACUUUUCGCAAAGGUACCUAUGUUGCUGAUCUUGGCGCUAUGGUGGUCACAGGUUUAGGUGGAAAUCCCAUCACUAUUGUUAGCAAGCAAGUCAAUAUGGAACUACAUAAAAUUAGACAGAAAUGUCCACUGUAUGAAAGCAAUGGGUGCACGAGUGGACAAAGUGUUCUAGUGCCAAAAGAGAAAGACGAGAUGGUGGAAAGAGAAUUCAACAGACUGUUAGAGGGCACAUCGUAUCUGUCACAUCAAAUGGAUUUUAAUUAUAUGCACACCAAACCAGUAUCAUUGGGUCAAGCCUUAGAAAUUGUAAUCAAACUUCAGGAAAAGCAGGUGAAGGAACUGAAGUGUAAACACGUCAGGUCAAUCCUAGAAAUUCAAGAUCAAAUCAAAAGCAAUAUGAACAAAAUGGGUAAUUUGAAGGAUAAGAUUGUGAUGUUGCAUAAACAGUACAAGGAAGCCUGUGAGGUAAAACCACCCAGAGAUAUCACAGCAGAGUUCGUAGUCAGAAGUAAAAGCCAUGAUUUACAGCAGGCUUGCAAAGAUUUUGAGAAAUUUAGAGAAAAGCAGAAAGAACUUGAAGAGAAAAUUCUAGAAAUGGAAGCCAAUCCUCCAAGUGAUGUGUAUCUCUCUUCACGCGACAGACAAAUCUUAGAUUGGCAUUUUGCAAACCUAGAAUUUGCCAAUGCCACUCCUCUUUCCACAUUAUCACUGAAACACUGGGACCAGGAUGAUGAUUUUGAGUUCUCAGGCCACCAUUUGACAGUCAGGAAUGGAUAUUCAUGUGUUCCUGUGGCACUUUCAGAAAAUCUGGACAUCAAACUGAAUACUGCUGUGAGGCAGGUCAGGUAUAGUCAUACAGGUGUAGAGGUAGUGACAACCAACGCAAAGGGACAGGGAGGUAAUUACACAUACAAAGCUGAUGCAGUCCUGGUCACGUUACCAUUAGGUGUGUUAAAACAAUCGCCACCAGCCGUUACAUUUGUGCCACCCCUACCAGACUGGAAAAUGGCUGCUGUGCAGAGAUUAGGAUUUGGCAAUCUUAAUAAGGUUGUCCUGUGCUUUGAGAGAAUCUUUUGGGACUCCAGUGUCAACUUGUUCGGUCACGUUGGUAGCACAACCGCCAGUCGAGGAGAAUUGUUUUUAUUCUGGAACCUGUACCGGGCACCGGUACUCAUAGCUUUGGUGGCUGGUGAAGCAGCCCAGAUUAUGGAGAAUGUGAGCGAUGAUGUGAUCGUUGGAAGAACCUUAGCAGUUCUGAAGGGGAUCUUUGGCAACAGCGCUGUACCUGUGCCAAGAGAAACAGUUGUAACUCGGUGGCGUGCUGACCCAUGGUCACGUGGUUCUUACUCGUACGUUGCAGCAGGGUCCUCUGGUAACGACUACGAUAUGUUAGCGACACCCGUAACACCAGCACCAGUUAUACCUGGCGCACUACCUCAAGCAAACAACUUACCCAGGGUAUUCUUUGCUGGCGAACACACUAUCAGGAAUUACCCAGCUACUGUCCAUGGAGCCCUUCUCAGCGGACUCCGAGAAGCUGGACGUAUCGCUGAUCAGUUUCUAGGCCAGCCAUAUGGCGUUCCAAGACAGACUCCACCAGUUGCUCACCAGUGAAAUGUACCUCAUUACAUCAAUAUUUUAGCUUUGCAAAGACUGUAUAUUUAUGUGCAAAGCCGAUUAGACUAACUCAUGGUUAUACAGUAGAUAUAUAUUCAUAGGCACUGGAAAAUCUGUGACUGGGUUAAGAGAUUAAUUCACUUCACUUUUUGUACUCACUUUAGGACUCUUGUACUUUGUUUGUUUGCAAGCUCUGACAUGAGAUUUUGGAAUAUAAUACCGAUCUUAUAAUAUGAAAAACAUGUUUGGUCAAACUGCCAAGUCUGUCCAAUGUAAACCAAGCCUUAAGUACUCAUGUACACACCCACCAAAGACUACCACAAAGUUAACUAUUUUAGGGGUGAGCCUUACAGUGGUUCUGAAAAUUAUUCAAACAGUCAGUUAGCAAGAUGGCUUGUUAUGUUGUUUCGUUCUAAACUUGACAUCUUUGUUUGACUGAUGGCAUGAUGUGUGGAAUGAUCAACAUGAAAUAUAUGUAUUCAAUAACUUUGUUUUAUAUUGGUAUCAUAACUGAAUGACUAAACCAUGCACAUGUCAAUGAAAUGGUGUUGUUAAGUCUAGUUUGGACAAAAACUCAUAAACCAUUUCACUACUGUUCUCAGAACCGCUAUAAAUCAUACAGUACUAGCAAAGGCCACAACGUCUGAACUCACCAUCCUGCCUUGUCAUCUGGUUGUCCCCCAUUCUCCAUAAUGGUUUAACCCACCUUGACUAGUAUUAUACUAAAUUAUGCUUGGUUAUACUAAAGUCUUCUUAUGAAAAAAAAAAGGGGGGGGGUCAGUAUUUGAAUAUCAUUCCAGAAAUGUUAAGUAGUGUUAGGUUAUUUAAGUAUUUUUGAUUUUAUAGCCAUGUUUUUGUGGAUGUUAAGUUAUUUUCAAAAAAAUUGUUAUGUGUACUUUGUUAUAAAUUAUUAAUAAGCUUAAACUGGAUGGCACUAUUUGUAUUCUUUACCUCCUGUCCAUUUGUUUUCAAUUUUAUUUUACCUCAAACUCGAAUUAGUUCUGCCUUUGCUUUCACUUCAUUGUCAACUGUUUAUGUGAUGUUGAAAUUCUGUUAUAUUGAAUCAGUCCAUCUGUUUUUAGUUCCCCCAUUGACACUUCUGCUUUUAUUGUCAUCGUCUUCUUCACAGCUGCUGGAUGUUUUAAUUUCUUUGUUAUAUUUGUUGGGAUAAGCAGUUUAGAAGAAUUUCUGAUGAAAAAAAGUUCAUGGCAACUUUCGUAUAAUCAAAUUGCAGACAAGGACUGGAAACACCACUUAAAUAUUCAGCCAGUAUUCCUAUCAUCCCACUGAACUAGCUGAGAAAGGACAAUUCCUGUGGUUAUCAUGAUAUUCAGUUGAACAGAAUAAAAAAAAAAUAUGGGUAUUGAGCAACUUGAAUCAAGCCUGUUUUUGGAGAGUACUGAUUUGAAUAUUCACUGCCACUGGUUUCUCACUUGUUCUAACAAAAUAUACCCAACUGUACACAAGAUAUAAUACAUGUACAUGCCGUGAAAGUUGCUAUAACUUAUCAGUUCUGCUUUUAUAUCAUCAACUUUCUACAGAAGACUUGUUUGGAGUUCAGACAAAUGCAUGUCACUCUAAACACUCUGACAACUGUUAGCUAUUAAUGUAAACUAAUGAUAUCCCCCCUAUCUCCUUGUGAUCAAUCGGUGCAUGUUGAUCAAUAAAAAAAAAACGGAUGUAUUAUAUUUCUUUAAAAAAAGUGAAACACUUGCAAACUCUAAACAUUCUUUAUACUUGGGAAUUUAGAAAUAUGCAUGACUAUUAUUUCUUUUUAUGAACGAAAUUGGUGUAUGUGUUUAUGCACUUGAAAUAAAUAUGUUUUAUAUAUAUAUAUAA